AUGCGAUCCGCUGUGUUUGGCCCGAUUAUGGUCAAACCCCUGUUCUCGCCGGUGGCCCAUGCCGAAUUCGGCCAUCUAAUCAAACAAUUCGUACUCAAGGCCGCGUCACAUAUAGAGAGCACCGCCGGAUUCGAUUACAUACACAUAUAUGGACAGCCUUGCCUUGACGUAGCGCUCAACCUGAGGCCAGGUCGCCGCGAUUUCAACGAAACAGGGUUGGUAAUUGUACAAUGGGAAAAGAAACGUCGUACCGUAGUCCGCAUUCGGUGCCAGCAAGAGUGGGGUCUUGUUGCAGGGCUGCUUACUCCAGCAGUUCAACGAGAAUUCUACUACAUUCAAAUGGACAAAUUCGCUCGUCAAGCACUGGCCGAGGGCAUUACGUCACGUGAUGAUAUCGUAGUCACAAUGGAGUCUGAGAUAUUCCGUACUUUAAAUCAACAUUACAAUAGAAACAAUCAUGUUCAGCCUCCCGAAAACUUGGUGAAUGUCGUGCAAGAAUCGUUACGUGAGUUCUUUGAUGCGAUUCGCCUUGGAAAAGAUGCUGAACCGUCGUGGAAAAAACAAAUUUACAAA